UCCUCCACCUGUGCAUGCUCUCUCUCUCUCUCUCAAAAAUAAAAAAUAAACAUUUUUUAAAAAUUGGCCAAGUCCUAUAGGCAGCAAGAAGCAACCAAUGGCAAGACUAAAGACAAAGAGUUGAAGUUCAAAGAUGGUCAAGGUUGUCCCUGGAGGUGUGGCUGUAAGGAGAGGGAGUGUAACCUGAGCUUCUUUGGGCCCUGGAAAUAGUUUUAUUGGGCCAAGAGAUUUGUUGGGGAAUAAAAAGUACAGUAGGAAGGAUAAUUGUAUGUGCCAACAUUCUCUAUUGGACAAUAAAGAAAUAUUUUAUGGAUGAAGUAACUUGGAUAUUUACUAGAGCCCUUUUUUGUGCCAGAUACUCUGUUAGAUACUAGAAAUACAAAGAUGAAAAAGGGGUGUCACUGCCUUUGAGGAGCUUAUGGCCUAGUGGGCAAGCCACACAUGCAUGUGAAUAGCAGCUCUGUGUAUUAUCAUAGCAUGCCAUGGAUUUGAUGAAAUGCUGGAUGAAGUAAAAAAGAGCCAGGGACUGCUGUACUUUGUGGAACCACUUUCAGUAAUUCAUGAGAGGUCCUGAAGGAUGAAUAGAUGUUCUUUUCAAGAAGCAACGUACCAGGCUGAGAGAAAGCCUGACCAUAUUUUCAUGCCAGGUGAAGCAAAAGCCAGUAUAGAACUGAAGAAUGCUACCCUCCAGAGGCCAUUGAAAUGCUGCAGUAGCUGGUAGGCAGUGGCCCUCUGUCAGGAGCAUUAUUUCAUUAUUUCAUCUCAGUUUACAGAGGAUUUACUUCUCAGAAGUUGGGCAAGAGAUGGGCAGCAGUGAGCCCCUUCCUAUUGCAGAAGGUGACAAGAGGAAAAAGAAGAAGCGGAAGGCCCGGGCCACUGACUCCUUACCAGGAAAGUUUGAAGAUAUGUACAAGCUGACCUCUGAAUUGCUUGGAGAGGGAGCCUAUGCCAAAGUCCAAGGUGCCGUGAGCCUGCAGAAUGGCAAAGAGUAUGCUGUCAAAAUCAUCGAAAAACAAGCAGGGCACAGUCGGAGUAGGGUAUUCCGAGAGGUGGAGACGCUCUAUCAGUGUCAAGGAAACAAGAACAUUUUGGAGCUGAUUGAGUUCUUUGAAGAUGACACAAGGUUUUACUUGGUCUUUGAGAAAUUGCAAGGAGGCUCCAUCCUGGCCCACAUCCAGAAGCAGAAGCACUUCAAUGAGCGAGAAGCCAGCCGAGUGGUGCGGGAUGUGGCCGCUGCCCUUGACUUCCUGCACACCAAAGGCAUUGCUCACCGCGAUCUGAAGCCAGAAAAUAUAUUGUGUGAGUCUCCAGAAAAGGUGUCUCCGGUGAAAAUCUGUGACUUUGACUUGGGCAGUGGGGUGAAACUGAACAACUCCUGCACCCCCAUAACCACACCAGAGCUGACCACUCCAUGUGGUUCCGCAGAAUACAUGGCCCCGGAGGUGGUGGAGGUCUUCAGGGACGAGGCCACUUUUUACGACAAGCGCUGUGACCUGUGGAGCCUGGGCGUGGUCCUCUACAUCAUGCUGAGUGGCUACCCCCCCUUUGUAGGUCACUGCGGGGCCGACUGUGGCUGGGACCGGGGAGAGGUCUGCAGGGUGUGCCAGAACAAGCUGUUUGAGAGCAUCCAGGAAGGCAAGUAUGAGUUUCCUGACAAGGACUGGGCACACAUCUCCAGCGAGGCCAAAGACCUCAUCUCCAAGCUCCUGGUUCGAGAUGCAAAGCAGAGACUGAGUGCCGCCCAAGUUCUGCAGCACCCCUGGGUGCAGGGGCAAGCUCCAGAAAGGGGACUCCCCACGCCGCGAAUCCUCCAGAGAAAUAGCAGCACGAUGGACCUGACACUCUUCGCGGCUGAGGCCAUCGCCUUUAACCGCCAGCUUUCUCAGCGCGAGGAAGACGAGCUGGCAGAGGAGUCCCUGGCUGAGGGCUUGUGCUCGGUGAGGCUUUCUCCUCCAUGCAAGUCACGCCUGGCCCGGCGGAGGGCCCUGGCCCAGGCAGGCCGCAGUGAUGACCUGGAACUGUGUCCAACUCCCACCACACUCUGACCCACUCCAGCCACAACCUCCAGGACCUCAGCCUGCCCGGGCUUGGCCAAAGUCUGCAGAGCAAGUAGAGCGAGCUGCUCUGUGGCUCCGUCCAGGCCACCCAACCCCCCAUUUCCCCAGAGUCCUCAAGGAAAAAGCUCUUUCCAAAGGGGUUGUCUUUGAAAAGGAAAGCAAUCACUUGUCACUUUGCAUAAUCGCCUGCGGCAGGGACAUCUCUGCUGGGCUCCUGCCCACCUGCUCACCCGCCUGCGGAUCCGGGAUGCAGCCUGCUCUCCUGGGCAGCAGGCGGCAGUGGCGGCUGGGGCUGCAGCCUUCAGGGAGCCAGCCUUGAGAAGCAGCAGUUGACAGAGGCUCUCUCUUCUCUUUGCACUGUCACCCCCCCCCCACCCCCCGCUGGUCCUUCCACCUUCCUCUGUCCUCCGGAUGUCCUCCCCUGGCUGAACAAAGCCAUCCCCUCACUUCAGGAGAGGGCAGGGAGCCUUCUGCGUUCAGGAGGCCAGAUCAGUCUUCCAGUCUGUAGCACUGGAGAAGCACAUAAUCUUUCUUUGCCGGGACCAAAACGUGUCCCUCAUUUAUCAUCCCCUUCCUUGUUUGGGAUUGCUGCUGAAGUCCGUAUUAUUUCAUUUAAAAAAAUGUUUUUUUUUUUAACCAUGCACUUCCAGCAAAGAUGGGACUUUCAACUCCCACUGCGAGCCCGUGGAUUUUCCAGAGCACGUAAUGGCUCGCUCUUCCUCAAAUGUCCAUGCAUGUGAAAGGUUUUAAUCAGCUGUUUCCUAUUAUUCUAACUGGUUUUAAGCUGUUGAGAUGAUGCGCGACUUGGAGGCUGUGUCUGCUGGAGGGCAGCAUCAGUCCAGGGCAGUUAGAAGGAGCCGUGCACCUGACGUGGCACCAGAUCAGAGGCGGCGCGGGUGUCUGCUGCCGGAGAGUGAAGGCACAUCCGGCGUCAGAUAAGCUGGGCUGCGCAGCUACCUAGAGAAAAUCGAUUUGUACAAGUCAGACAAGACAUUUACACCAAACGACAAUGCUAUUAUACAGUGUGCUUGUUUUAAUAAAACUGUUUUAAAUUUUA